AGGUUUGAUUAUCUUUUGUCGACAUGGCAGUGAAUGCAGCAUUUGCGCUAUCGUCACUUCCUGAAUCAUGUUUUCCUGUUAAAGAUGGCGGCGACCUUGUGUAUAAAAUUACUACCGAAACAGGGAUGGCUUCCCCUGACACAGAGUGUUCGGCACGGCUCCAAGGCUGUGACUCGCCACAGGAGACCGAUGCAUAUCCUCAAACAGAAGCUCAUGGCUGUUACACAGUACAUUCCUCCCACACGGGUUGUUCCUCCAGGCGCCUAUCCAUCCCAAACCAAAAAAGUCCAGGAGGAUACCGCUUUGAUGUUGGUCAUGAAGAGGGAUUUGAAGAACGUGUUCCAGGACUAUAAGAUGGUCGCUGUGGUCCAGAACAACGCCAGCAACGCUGAAGACAUGAUGAUUCUCAAGCACAGACUUUAUAAACAUGGCAUCACUGUCAAGUUCUUCCCCAACCAGGUGAUGCGGUCGUUCCUUGAACACAGUGCGUACUGCAACAUGGCGCCUCUGUUCAUCGGCCCGACAGUUCUGUUGGUUAGUAAAGAACCAAAGGCGAAGGAGAUGCUCGCAACUCUGAGGGCCAGCCCACAGAUGACACUCCUAGGAGCCUGUAUAGACAACACGUUGCUGAGUGCACAGGGGGUGUCGAGUUACUCUAAACUGCCGUCAGUCACUGUUGUCCAGGGUGAACUGGUCAGCGGGCUGACGAUGCUGACCUCCUGCACAGCCUCCAUGCUGCAGCGCCACCCGGCCCACCUGUCCGCCCUGCUCCAGCAGUACGUCAAACAGCAGAGCUCGGACGACAGCGCAGGGGGAGCUCCUAAAGCAGAGGAGGCCACGUAGAGCUUCAGAGGAACUUACUGGGACUGUUGCCUUGCAGAUUUCCAGCUGCUUGGACUGACGAGGGACUGUUGGGUCGGAUGCAUUUGGAUGCUUUAGAAUUUUUUUUGAUUUAGUACCAAAGUUCCAGGCAAAUUCUUAAGAUUAGAAGUUUGCUAAAAAUAAGUUGGUUGUUCAUUCAAUCUUUAAAAAUGUAAGUGGAGUAGUUGAGUUGGUGCUAAAUUCAACUGAAUCGUACUGUGUGCGUCCACCCUGGGAGUGCUGGGGCUUCUGUGAAUGAAGGAGUCUGCAGCCUUGACUGUUUUCAGUGUACCUCGACCUCUUAAUGGAAGUAUUGGAUGGAAAGUGCUGCAAAAAUGUCAGUGUUGCCCAAGGAAUUCCUUUAUUUAAGAAUAUAGUUGCAUAUAAAUAAACUAUGUCAACACAA